ACUCACAGUCUCGCGAUAGCGACACAGAGCGGAAACGGAAGUUAGUCUUUGUUAAAGAUGGCAGCCCCCUAUGUGACAGAUGAAUCUGGUAAAUAUAUCGGGGCCACGCAGCGUCCGGACGGCUCGUGGAGGAGACCGCGGCGCGUGAAGGACGGAUUCGUUCCUCAGGAGGAGGUCCCGGUCUAUGAGAACAAGUACGUCAAGUUCUUCAAGAGCAAACCCGAGCUGCCGCCCGGCAUGACCCCCGAGGACGAGACACAGAGCGACGCCGCCGCACUCUCCAAGACCGCCAAACGCAACAUGAAGCGCAAAGAGAAGCGCAAACAGCAGAGUCCGCAGGAGGCCCCGAGCGCGGAGCUGGAGCACAUGAGCCUCGCCGCAGAGGAGGAGACCACCAGCGACUCGACAGAGAAGGCCAAGAAGAUGAAGAACCUGCGGAAGAAGCUGCGGCAGGUGGAGGAGCUCCAGCAGAAGGUGGACUCUGGAGAGCUGAAGACCCCCAGCAGGGAGCAGCUGGACAAACUGAGCCGGGGCCAGGCCUUACGGGACGAGCUGAGGCUGCUGGAGGCAGAUCUCUGAGUGUUUGUACGUCAGUUCAAGCUGUUACCACUUCAUUCUUGUGUCUUAUACAUCAUGAAGAAACAUGGCGGCGUCUCGCGCGCUGGACUCUAGAUGCGGGUGGUCCAGAACUCGCACGAGCGCAGACUGAUGGACUGUGCUGUCGUCGUGUUCUACCACCGUAGUGCGUAACGGCAUGAAAUGAUGAUGUGUAGACUUGUGUUAUAUUAAACAUGGCAUAACAGUCUUCCUGUUUGAUGUCCCUGUCUGCAUAUUACAGUAACUGAUGUUUAAUGAAACAAACACAGUGCUCUCUUGACUGUGUGAUGGAGGCGAGUAGAAGUCAGUGCCCCUGUAUGAGUUAGUCUUAUAUUUCUACAUGAUAUAAUAUCACAUGCUGUUUCGAAUAUCAGCGCGAUCACAGAUCAGAUGCUGUCAGUAUUGUGUUUUCAGCAACCAAAAUCCUUCCAAACAAAACCGUAACGGACCGCGUUACAGAGUUACAGCAGUGU